AUGGUAUUCGACGUCGUUUCCGACGAUGAAAUUCAGUACAUGGGCUCAAGACGCAAUGUAUUACCUUCGCCGACCCCCUUUACCCACCAUCAAAGCACCGUCGCAGGUAUUGUAUUGCAUGUUGCGCCAGGGCACAAUGAGCCCGAAUUCAGCCUAACGUUUCAUAAAUCGGUGGCCGUCGUCCACAUCGGUCGUAGACCGGGGUCUGAUGGUGAUGCCAAUGAUCGCUCGCAUGAGAAGGGUCGGGCGCUGUUCAGGUGCGCCGUCAUCCAGCUUUGUGACAUUGGUUCGCACCACGGGACGCAUCUGCGCCAUGCUGGGGAAGCUGAUUCGAGAAUGCUGGAGGCUGGGCAGCCAUCGACUAUUCUCGAUGGCGAUGUGAUCACAUUCGGCAAGGCUGUGGGACGAAACAAUGAGAUCGUCCGACCAGUUGUCGUGCGUGUCGAGAUCAUGACCUCGACACCCUUACAAAGACACGGCUCGGGGCGAUAUGGGCUCUAUCCACCUAGUGUCGCGCCGACGCCAACGUCCGCAGAUAGCACAUCUUCGUCGGAGGAGGACGACUCCUCGCACAGUAAUUUCGACCACUCCGAUCAUGAUUCUGACAUUGAGGAAAUUCCAUGCCCCACCGGCUCGCAAAGUGCACCGUCGCAGCGUAUGACUGGCAGCGCGAUGGCCCUCAGACUCUUUCAGCGUCUCUUGCCGCCCAUGCGUGUGCUUGAGAAGGACGAGGCAGCAUUUUGCACGCUGAGUCCGAUUAACUAUCCGCCGCAGGCGCGCAACCGCCGUCUCCCCCUCGGACCCCUGAACCAGCUCAACGGGCUGCGGAAGACGCAAAGGCCAAUGAAGAGCCCGCCCCGGCCAACAGCACCCCACCAGCCCAACCAAGUUUCCCAACGCAUUCCACCGCACCCCCUCCUCGCCACCAGGUCGGAAUUGAAAGAACUCAAAGACGCGAUCAAUAACAUGAAGGACAAGCUCGCAGAUCCUGAAGAUGCGCUUGAUAGUUUACGCGAGAAGGUCGCACUGCUUGAGAAAGAACAGGCGGCGCUGCGGGUUCGUGACGCCGAGAUGUCGAAGGCUGUAGACGACUGCAGACGGGCUGUUGAUGAUCAUCAAGAACAGAUUGUUGACUUGGAAGAUCGCGUUGCCGAGCUGGACUCCAUGCGACCGGACGUGAAGGACAUGACUGACAUCGAUGAAGACACGCCCAUGUCGAAUUCGUCUCUCCAUGCUUCAAUCAGUGAAGUCCGUGAAGACAUUGAGUCCCUGCGCCGCAGCUUUUCUGAGCGCAAUGCAUCCAUGGACGUGGACACAAGCACCUCUGCGAAGGCGCUCGAGACGAACAUGAGCUCUCUUUGCGGCGAAUUGGAGGCCCGGGCGGCGGACAUGCUACAGAAUCUUCGCACUGAAUGGGAGGACCAAAAGGCGCAGUAUACGCUCCAAUUGCAACGCACGCAAAACGACGCCAUGCAGGACAUCGUACUCACGUCGCAGCCAAAGCGCGAGGCCGCCGCGUUGGUGUCUCUGAAGCGCAAGCGAUCGCUUGAGGAGGUGGACAGCACUCAAGAGCGUCAGUGCCCUUCUCGUGCCACGCUGGCCGCCACAUCGGACGGCGUCGACGUGCCGUCACCCAAGCGCAAACGGGUCUUGGCCGCCGUCGCCCAUACCGCCACUGUCAUGACCCUUGGAGCCGUAACCGCUUGGUCUGUCCUCGCAUUCACUUGA